AUGUCAGUCGAGGUAAAACUUACAAAGUCUGAAAUAAACGAUAUAACGGAAUCCAAGCAAGUUGAUGAAAACGCCUCUCAGAAAAUUGAUGAAAAGACUUUGGAAAACACUAAUGAGGAAACGCAAGACGGUGCUUAUAACCCAGAAACUGGUGAAAUCAAUUGGGAUUGUCCAUGCCUAGGAGGUAUGGCCAAGGGUCCCUGUGGAGAACAAUUUAAAGCUGCGUUUUCAUGUUUUAUAUAUUCGAAUGCUGAACAAAAAGGGGCCGAUUGCUUAGAUGCUUUUAGAGAAAUGAAUGAUUGCUUCAAAAAAUAUCCUGAUGUGUACAAAAACGGUAAAUCUCGAGAUUUAUCAAAUUAUUA